AUGCGCACCUUCACCACUUCCGCCAUCCUGGUCUCCGGGGCACUUGCCGCAAUCGUCUUUCCAGCGGGUACUCCUGCCACAGACGUGGCCGGCCUCGAACUCCGCCAAGCUCCUACCGCAGCCACGAGCGUCACCUCUCUUACCAACACCGCGGCAGAAGCAGAAGCAGCGACAACCGCAGCAGCGAGCCUCCUCGCUGCCACCACCGCGACCACCGCGCAGACUGCCGUAUCCAUAUCCACCUCUCAUUCUUCCUCUUCGACCACCUUACCGCUGCUCCCAACGACUUUGACAACAACAACAGCAUCCACAGCGGCAACAGCCACCACCAGUGUCAACUCCGCACUCACCACUUCCUCGUCGACUUCAACAUCACCCACCAACCCCGCCCUUCUUCCAACCACAACCACCACCACCACUUCCUCCUCCCCAGCCACCGCCGCCAUCCCAGCCACCACCAACCCCCUAGGUGGCGCAGCAGCCGGAGCAGCAGGACAAAACACCUGGCUCACCACCGUCUGGCGGGCACAAACCGACGCCGCGGGGGCGACGCUGGGGUACGCGCAGGCCGUCUACACGCAGACGUGGGCGGCGGUGCCGGACCAGUUGCCGUCGGCGGGGAGCGGGCGGGUGCAUGUUGAUGAUGCCGCCACGACGGGGGCUGCUGCUGGUGGGGAGGAGAAGAAGGGUAGCGGUGGAGUGAAGGGGGUGGUGGUCGGAGGAAUUGUUUGGUUGUGGUGGGUGAUGGGGGCGGUGAUGGUGGUGGGCAAUAUGGGGGUAUGA